AUGGGAAACACAUCGACAAAGGAGAGCAGGGGGGCCUCGCCACCCCCGCACCACCAGCACCGCAAUUCGCGAAGCUUCUCGGGUCCUUCUUCAUCUGCUUAUGCACCCGACAUGGAACGUGCCGGCUCGUCGUCGCUGAGACUCGGUAGACGGCACAGAGGCGAGAAUUUUGAAGCCGCCCUCCUGGGAUUGAAUUUGGCCCAACAUCGAGACAGGGAGCGCGAACGGGAAAGGGAGGAAGGUCCCUACAAAACAAGAGAAGAAAGAAGAGCAGAGAAGGAGGCAGAGCGACGGAAAGAGAGAGAAAAGGAGAGGGAGAGGAGUAUGGCUGAAGAGAGUGUUGACGGUGGAUAUCUCGUAACCGUUGGUGUUUAUACCGGUCCUGAAGAUUAUAACUUGAAAGUUGUCCGGCAGUUACAGAUCGAACGUCGGCUGGCUCCUUUCUGGAAGGGAAUACCGGAUCACGAAUCCGAUUGGACUGACGCCCAACUUGUAGCCGCAGCCCAAGGAAAGGAUAUUCCAGACGCAGAUGCCGUAAUCCCGCCGUCCCCCACGAAGCCCGCAAAUGAAGAUCUCAAUCGCCUUACAGUUCCUAUGGCCACAAGGUCCAGAUCACAAUCGUACGGCUCCGAUGCUUCCCCUUCAUCUUCUACUGGACGGUUGUCGAGUCUUUCUCUUUCCUCCUCCCCCUUGGCUGGUUUCUCGAGACCUCGUUCUAAGACCUUAGGAUUCUCCAGAAGUAGCUCGUCGAACUCCGCCCCCGUCGAGACGAACAUCCCGUCCAAGACCGUGAAUAACAGACCGAUUGAAGCUGUCCUUUACGAAAAUGCCUCGGAGUGCCCGAUUUGCUUUUUGUACUAUCCACCGCAUCUCAACCGAACUCGGUGCUGCGACCAACCGAUAUGCUCCGAAUGUUUCGUGCAGAUAAAGCGAGCGGAUCCGCACAUUCCUGAACACUCGCCUCCAGGGUCGCCUGCUCCACAGCCAGUGGAUCAGGAUAGACGAGCCCAUGCUGGAGACCAGUUGGUAUCAGAGCCCGCAUCCUGCCCGUUCUGCAAGCAGCCAGAGCUCGGUGUCGUCUUCACUGCUCUCCCAUGGCGCCGCGGCCUCGUGUAUGCGAAUCAAACACAUCCAUAUGGCAUCCAACAGCAAUCGCAUUUGUCCCAUAGCUCGAAUACAUCUUCGACAUCAUCCCUUCCUGUUCCAGGAACACCGACUCGGAAAAAGACCUCAUACGCCGUUAACGCACCCGAAGUCAUCACUACGGACCGUAUUAGACCAGACUGGGCGACGAAACUAGCACAUGCAAAGAACCAGGCCGCCAGAAGAGCCGCCGCUGCUACGGCGUUGCAUACAGCGGCAUAUUUGAUGCACAAUAUGAGCAACCAAACUAGCAGCGCCAGCAGCAAUCCGUUCUCUUCAAGGCGCAUCCUCCGCAGGAUGAAUAAUUCUAGCGGAUCAAUGACGCCUAAUGGAGGAAGUGGAACUGUUACUCCAGCUGCAGCUUCCAGCACUACGAACAUCGUACCGGAGGUGCCGGAACCCACUCCUGCAGCACCGGCUACGCAGAGUGCGGCGCUUCAGAAUGUACUCAGACGGGCAAGGAUGGUUGAUUUGGAAGAAAUGAUGUUGAUGGAAGCUAUUAGGCUGAGUCUCGCGGAGGAAGAGGAGAGGAAGCGGAAAGAAGAGAAGGAAAAGAAGGAGAAAGAAGAGGCUAACGCCGAAGCGGAACGUGCAGCCGCUAGGCUCGCUACUUCAGCACCGGAGCCAUCAAGGAUGGAUCUAGGAAAGGGAAAGGGACUGGCGCCCAGAGUUGACACCAUCAGUAUUGGAAGACGUAGCGAGGACGCGCAGAGUUCCCCGACGAUUGGCUUUGGAACCUCAUCACACCAUUUAAAGAUACAGAGAGCGACAUCAGAUGUCUCAUCUUCAGCUUCCAGCAUGAAGGAGCCAGAGGCAGGAAACAGUGACGAAGACGAUGGCACGGAGCCCAUAUUUAACUUCCAAAGUUUAGCGCAAACGCUCAUGGAGGCUGAAGACGGGGAGGCGAAUGGGAAUAAUGUGGCUGGAAAAGGAAAACAGGCUGAGAAUGUUGAAAAUGUGGCACCUCUGAAGAAAGAGGCCGAUACCACUGCGACUGGGGAGGAACCAGAUACUGCGGAUUCAAAAACUGCUGUGAGACAUGAGAGUGUACGAGUACUUGGUCAGGAGACUGCAUAG